ACUGGCGACGUAGGUGGGGCUUAGGGCUCAUUACGCCUGCGCACCGAGCAACCGGCGGGCUGCGUAGUUAUUUUUGAACCGGGUGGCGGGGAAUAGUUUAGGAGCCAUUAGGGCGCCGUUUUCGCUGAGGUUGGUAGUGUUCUCCGUUCGAUCUAGUGAUGGCACAGCAGCUCGCCCGAGAGCAAGGCAUCACCCUGCGAGGGAGCGCAGAAAUCGUGGCCGAGUUUUUCUCAUUUGGCAUCAACAGCAUUUUGUAUCAGCGUGGCAUUUAUCCGUCGGAAACCUUUACUAGAGUGCAGAAAUAUGGACUCACAUUGCUUACAACUACUGACCCCGAGCUCAUAAAGUAUCUCAAUAAUGUGGUGGAACAGCUAAAAGAGUGGCUGUACAAGUGCUCAGUUCAGAAACUGGUGGUGGUCAUCUCAAAUAUUGAAAGUGGUGAAGUCCUUGAAAGAUGGCAGUUUGAUAUUGAGUGUGACAAAACUGCAAAAGAGGAAGGUGUUCGUAGAGAAAAGUCCCAGAAAGCCAUACAGGAUGAAAUCCGUUCAGUGAUUAGACAGAUUACAGCUACUGUGACAUUUCUGCCACUGUUGGAAGUUUCUUGUUCAUUUGAUCUGCUGAUUUACACUGACAAAGACUUGGUGGUACCUGAAAAGUGGGAAGAAUCGGGACCCCAAUUUAUUACCAAUUGUGAAGAAGUCCGUCUACGCUCAUUUACAACCACAAUCCAUAAAGUGAAUAGUAUGGUGGCCUACAAAACCCCUGUCAAUGACUGACGAGAUGGUGAAGAAAGCUAAGAUCCGACAUUGAUAAAUGUGUGUUAUUGUUCCAUUUCUUGGGUUCUUCCUGGACUUGCCCGGAGUUGACAAGAGUGCUGCACAUUGUUAAGGGGAACCAACAGAUUUUGUUAGCAUUGUGGAAUGAAUUCCUUUAAAAAUGGUCAUUGUACAUAGAAAAACUUCUGUUAAAACGCUAACUACUUCCCUUAACAAUGUAACUGGACCAGGAUAUAAAGAAGCAUUUAAAUGUAAACACAGCAGAAGGUAUCAAAGCUUUUUUAGUUCUGAGGGUCAGUCUGGAGUGCUGCCAAUCCGGAUCCAGUGAGAGAGGCAGGGAGGACAGCUUUACUAUUCAAAAGUUCUGUACUUUACUCUCAUUCCCAACUUAGGUUCGUUUGAUCUGCUGAUUUACACUGACAAAGAUUUGGUGGUACCUGAAACGUGGGAAGAAUCGGGACCCCAGUUUAUUACCAGUUCUGAAGAAAUCCGUCUACGCUCAUUUACAACCACAAGCCACAAAGGGAAUAGUAUUGUGGCCUACAAAACCCCAUCAAUGAAGAGACGGUACACAAACCAUCCUCCAUCACAUUAUACCUUCUACUGUAUUUAUAUUUAGAUGCUUCUUGGUCAAGAUUCUUCUGAGCUAAAUCAUCAGACAAAGUAUAUAGCUUUUUAAAAGAAGUUUUUCUACCUACACUGACCAUUUUUAAAGGAAUUCAUCCCACAGUGAAUCUGUUGGCUCCCCUUAAUAAUGUGUAGCACUCUUGUUGAUUCUAUGGUAAGUUCAGGAAGAACCCAAGAAAUGCAACAGUAAGACGCAUUUCUCUUUAUAUAGACCCCAUAUUGAAAUACAUGCUAAUUAUUUGAUUUUGUUGUAUAUAUCUUGAGCUNACAAAGCAGUUGAUACUGUUUAAUUUCUGUAAUAAAGAACUCUUAUUUUAAUGUUUUAUAAAAAUCAAGCUUUAAAAGUCAGUGAUACAAAAAAUUAAGCCUUGUGUUUUAAAUUUGUGUUACAGUAUCUCUGAUAUUUAGUUUGGUGUUAAUAUAGUCAGAUACUUCAGUGGAUUGAGUGGAUGGAUUGUGUUCAUUUUGAUUAUGUGAUGGGGAUGGUUUUGUGUACUGGAAAUUUAGAUGCUGAUUGCUGUGCUCAGAGAUCUCCUUGUAAUCCCGAUGUUGGCGGUUACAGUCCUGAUGCUACCCUUGUCACUAUUAUGACAGUGACCCUUAUGGCUACUAUGAUAAUAGUAGGCCAGGCCAGCAUAGCCGGGUUAGAACACAUGAGAACACUGCCCAGUUAGAGCACAAGAAGCUUGUAAUAAAAAUGCCAUGUAUCAUUUAUUUGGGAACAAGGGUGGUACAAAAAAACCUUCAAAAUUACUUUUAUAUUUUGUAGGGCUUUAUUAACCAAUCAGACAUGAUGGAAAACAAUCUUUACACCUCAUUGAGAUAGGUGAUGCUUCAAAUACCAUGACAAUGCCAACUUCCAGACUGCAACCAGACCUCAGCACAGUCCACAAGACCAUCCCCAAACAGCUACAUACCACCUCUUUCAUCACAACAGUACAGUUACUGUGAAGAUGCAACUGCUCUGAAAUUAGUUCAAAUAUUAGGCUGUAUUGUCAGCCUCGUGUUUCUUAUGAUCUUGAGUACCAAGAUUAAUCCUUUGCUUCAUUGCUACUCUUAAUGUGUGGGUUCUAAUUUUCCAACAUUGAGAUUUCUCCAGAAAAGUGACAGCUUUGUUUAUAGUAAUUUUGAGGUUCUAUAAUAUCUCUAAAUUCUGUAAAUCACAUUCUUUUGGGGGUGGGUAGGUUUCGAGACAGGGUUUCUCUGUAUAGCCCUGGCUGCUAUCCUGGAACUCACUUUGUAGACCAGGCUGCGAUCUGAGGCCUGGAAUUGAGAACAUGCUGCCGUCAGUGGUCCAAAGGUUCACUACCAGAGGGGUAGGUGUUGAGGGGUGGUCACCAAGGACAAGCAAACUUACCUUGUGUGUAGAUAUUUUUUCAAUUAUUCCAGAAGAAAAUACAAAACUAGACAAUGGCCUAGAACUCAUAAGUAGCCCAGGCUGUUUGAGAAUUUAUAAUAUCUCUCCCAACUCAGCUUCCCAAGGCUAGGAUUGCAGGCAUAAACUACCACACAUUAGUGCUUCCUGUUUUCUGAUUCAGUCAGUUUAAAUUGAUAAUGCUGUGCUAUUGUCUCCGCCAUCCAUUCCCACAUACUUCAUCUUGUAAAACUAGUCCUGGAACUGUUCCUGGUGCUCCUUGCUAAAUCAGUUAGCUGAUUUUUCUCUUCUGUCUCUGAUUGUGACUGUUUUAAGUAUCUCCCACAAAUGAAAACUUUAUAUUAGUUAUCUCUUGUCUGUUUUAUUACCCUGAUGUUGUCAGGGUUACCCAUACAGUAUAUUUAUGUCCCUUUUGAGAGGCAGGCGGAUUUAAGUCCAUGCUUUUAAUUAUUUGGGGGAUAUAACCAAACAUACUGCAGGAUUGUAUAAAAAUGCUGUUUUUCAAUUUUUUGAGGAACCAACAUUCUAUUUUCUACAAUGGCUGUUGAGGACAGUCAUGUCUCACAACAUAGCCAAUUUAUAUGUAAAUUCUAGUUUCUUUUUAUCUGUUGAGUAUAUUACUCAGAUUUUAAAGCCUCUCAUUGGUAUUGUUCUUCAAAGCCCUUCCAGUUUUCAGUUGUAGCACACAUCCUAAUGGUCAGUAAAUGUUUAUGGUUCCUAUGUCUACUUUCUGUACUGACCCUGUAAAAUAUACCCUUUGUGUUUUUCUGAUUGAAAGUCUUUUGCCUUUGGUUGAUUCAACCAUCUUUGCUCUCUUCUGGUUGCACUAUACCUGAAAUGUUUUCAUCCUUGCCGUUUUCUUGUCUGAAAAGAGUUCUGCUGGUGUGGUAUUUCCUAGUGCUCCCCCCCCCCCCAUGACAUUGGAGAGAAAUUCAGCAUUAGCUAUUACAUAAACUGCAAUUAGUGAGGAGAGUACUUUCUUUUUAAAGACAUACUUUUAAUCCUUGCAUUCCAGAGACAAGAGAAUCUCUGGAAGUUUAAGGCCAGCCUGAGCUACAUACAAGGCCCCAUGUCUCAGAAAGUAAAAAAGUUAAAGAUGUAAGCCUCAGUCAUAGUCUGGGCCAAGUGUAAGAAUCACCUGAUAACACCUUUUAAGAAGGCAGGUUUCCUGGAUCUGAUAUAUUAGCUAGACCUGUGAGGUGGGAGGCGUGGUCCCUGGAAAUUCCUCCAAAGGACUUUUAAUGUCUAGCGGGAUUUACUAAUAGUGUAUAGAUUCUAGAAGUAUGAAGUCCCUAGCCUUUCUGAAAGUGAGGAUAGGUCAUAGGAGAGAGAGCCUGCAAUAAUCUGGAAUUGGGAAAGGUACAGAGAUGAAACUGCUAGCAUUUCUGACUUUAAAUGGGUCCUUGGAGACAUGAGGACAGUGUUGCCCAGUGAGCUUGUCCUUUACAGGUUGUUAUUCCUGUACAAGAUAUAUUCAAAUUAAUUGGAGACCCAAAGUUCAAACAAAAUUCUGUGUUACCAGAACACAUAGUGGAAGCACUUUAUAGUAUUGAUGCUGACAUUAGUUUUUGGACAGGACUCCAGGGCUGUUGUAAGCCGCCCCACGGCCUACAUGUACCAGGUACACCUGGGAGGCAGGCUGGGGCUGAAAGAGAAUUAGACUUCGAGAGAAAUUAAUGGAAACCAAGACCCAUUUUCUGUUCAAGGCCCCCGAGUUUACUAAGAGACCGUGCAUUUAAGGGGGAAGGCCCAUCCCCCCCGCCAGUCCACUCUUGGUGCCUUGGAGCCAUUCUAUCAGCACUCAGUCGCCUCAGGAAUCUCUCAGGAAGACAGGUUCAGCCUCUCAGCAGGUAGCAGAAGAGCAGGGCAGUUGUCACUUCAAAAAGGAGCCAGCCACGUCAGAAAGCUGCACUGCAGGUGGCCCCACCUCAGUGGCAACAUAGUCUGUACCAGCCCACUUAAGGCUGGGGGAGGCUACACGGGGCAUAGGAAAUAACAGCAGAGGCUCACAAAUGGCUUUACAAAAGCACAACAAAGAAAAUAGACAAAAAAAUACCCUACAGAAUAGAAGAAAAUGUGUCUUGUCUGUAUUUGAGUAGAAAUUCUGACAGUUGGUUUUAAUAGCAACUUACAGAAAAUUAAGGGUCACUUGAGUAGGACCCCAACUGAGCAAUUAAUUGAUAUGGGAUGACCCAUCCCAAAUGUGGGUGGCACCUUUUGGUGACCACACAGAUAAAAAGGGGUUGACAAAAGAUUAUAUUGUUGCUAUGGCGGAUUUUUUUGCUUAUACCAAAACCGCUGUUUCAGGGUUUUCAAUGCUGGGUUGGGCCUGCUGAAGCAUCCAUCCUCAAUGCACUGAGUUUUCAGCCUCUCCAGUGAGAGAGCCAUUGUGGGAUUGCUCACACUGCUGAGCACCCAGUCUCUAGGACCAAAUGACUGCCAAGUUCUUAGCCUCCCAAGUGUGAUUGAGCUAUUAAUCUUUCAAAGUAAACUUUAAUUCAAUAAACUUUAAUAUAUAUGUUAUAUGCAUUUACAUUUUUAUUUUAUUGGUUCUAGUCCUCUACAGAUCCUUAACUAGCACAGAAAUUUAAUAUCUGUAAUAUAUAAGGAACUUGCAAAUUUUAACAAGCAUUAUAGGUUUUGAAGAUGGACAAAUAAUCUAUAUAGAAGAUUUUCAAGAAAUUUAAGUUGCCAACAAAUACAUGAGAAAGGCCAAAAUCUUCAGUCACCAGAGAGCUGCAAGUUAAAACAAUUACAGUGUGAUAUUAGCCAUAAAAGUGAAAUCUGUCAUUUUUGGUAAAAUGGGUAGAACCACAUGACUUGGUCAAAUGAAAUGAAAACAAAAAAGUUGAAAACUAUAUUUUAUAAGAGACUAAAAAUUGUUGAGUUGAAAGUAGUGAAUAACAGGUAUUGGGAGAGUGAUGGGGGAAGUUAGAGCAGAAUGAGAAGGACUUAUUUGAUGCAUGCAGUUUAUGGCAAUAUCCUAACACUAUGCCACAUCAUGUAUACAGUUACUACAUGGAUAUGUGUCUUUCAAGAUGUCCAGUACUUCUCUCUAAUCAUUUGCUUUUAAGAUAAAAGCUAUCGGGAACAAGCCUCUACCUGCCUUACAGCACCAUUUCACUGUCUGUACCUUUGAUUAGUGUCCCUGAUCCAGUGAAUUCAAAUGCUAUAUAUUGAAAUUCUAUGCCUCCUGUGUAAAACUGAAAACUAAACCAUACUUGAUUUAAACAUA